CACUGUCCAGCAACAAAGCCAUAGGAUUGAAGCCCUUCAGAGAGACCUGCAAGCCUCUGCCUCAGUUGGUGAACUUUCCCAGCAGCUGGACAUGGAGCCUAAAACAGGCAUGCAGCUAGAGGACCAAAACCAGACUUUGCAAGAAGAGCUGUCCACUCUGCGUGGGAAGUAUGAAAAACUGGAGGAGAGCAAAUGCCAGCUGCAAGAAGAAGUGACAAAAGUCCAUCAUCAUUUGGAGACUUUCGUGCUGGAUGGCAGCCAAACAGCACAAUGUAAAAGAGAGGCGGAAGAACGAGCUGACCAGGAAAUAAGUCAAAAGCCACAAGACGUCAGUCUCGUUCUGCAAGCACAGGCAGCCUCCCAGGCUCGAUUAGAACAAAACGGAGACAGUCAUUGCGAUUCAGUGAGAAUCCAGUUAGAAGAAAGAAUUAGAGAUCUCGAAAGUGAACUGGACAGGGUAAAAAAAUCCCAACAAGAGAGUGCUUCUCGUAAAGAAGCAACGCGGGGAGAAAUGGAAAUGUACAAAGACCUGUACCUGGAGGAAUUGAAAACUAGAAGAUGCCUAGACAAGAAACUGGAAAGGUUGGAAAAGCUUCUGAGGGUAGAUAGGAGGAAACUCAGGGUUAAUGAAGAGAAAGAAACCCAGUCCCAGCUGGAAGAAAUGAAGAACAGAUAUUCUGAAAAGGUCAAGGAAGUGGAUAGAUUACGAACAGAGGUUGCUGAACUUUCCCAGCAGCUGGACGGGGAAAGUAAAAAGUGCACGCAGCUGGAAGCCAAAAAUCAGGAUUUGCAACAAGAGCUGUCUACCCUGCGUGGGAAGUGCGAAAACCUGGAGAUGGACAAAUGCCAGCUGCAAGAAGAGCUGGCAAAAGUCCAGCACCAUUUGGAGACUAACAUGGUGAAUCGCACCCAACUAGAACAAUGUAAAAGAGAGGCGGAAGAACGAGCUGACCACGAAAUCAGACAAAAACUCCGAGAAGUCAAUGAGUUUUUGCAAGCACAGGCAGCCUCCCAGGACAGAUUAGAACAAAUCAGAACCAGUCAUUUAGACUCACUGAAAAAACAGUUAGAAGACAGAAUUAGAGAUCUUGAAGGUGCACUGCAAAGGAUAAAAAGCGACCAACCAGAAAGACCUUUUCAGAAAGAAUCCACCCAGGCAGAAGUGGAAAUGUACAAAGAGCUCUAUCUGGUGGAAGCAAAAACCAGAAAAAGCCUAGCCAAGAAACUGGAAAGAGCUGAUGAGAGACUUGCAGAGGCCGACAUCGAGCUCUUUUGGGAGCGCCAUAGAAGCAAAUCUGCAGUCACAAGCAGAGCUGUCAGCAUACAUCUGGCUGCAAGUCCACUUCUGGAUCCAGCUGGCCUGGGAUGUCUUGGCAACAGUUUGGGACUGAACAGAAGUCUGGGUCUCAGAACACCACCCAGACAUCUGUGGUAAAGCCAAAGAUUUUAGGACAUCAGGUUUGUA